ACCCUCAAAACGUCCGUCUCAUCGCACGCAACAUCCAUCAGCUGCAUAUAUUCUCUUGUAUAUGCUCAAUCUGGUAGGAAAAGAAGUUCAAUGGCUGACGAAAUGUUCGCUCCUCCUGUCAACCGCGCCAUGAAGGUGCUUGACCGCGCCUUCUUCAAAAAAACCGUUCCGACCUCGGUUGCCCGCAUCUUCAACACCAAAGACAUCUCACGAUGUCGCAAAGAACUCGACCGCGCACGCGACACUCUGCACCGCCCACAUAUCCAACCCGUCAUUCCCGACCCUGAUUCUGAUCGCGCCCGCACCGGGAACAAAUGCCUCGUCCUGCGCCCUGAAAUCCUACCGUCCGACAAAACCACAUGGAGCGACAAGCUACAGGAGCUAGAACAGGAUGGCACCUUGGGCGUCAUCCCGUUCGACUUGAAGCUUGACUAUUCCCAUUUCUCGUACCUAGAAAUUAUGAAUGCCAUUCUACCGCUGCCCAACCCAGACGAGCGCGCCGACGAGAUCCCCACGGCCUUCACGCGAGCUGGUCACGUCGCCCACCUGAACCUGCGCGAACGCUAUUUCCCCUACAAGCACCUGAUAGGCACUGUCCUCGCCGAUAAGAACGAUACAGAUGUACGUACCGUCAUCAACAAGGUCGAGCAUCUCGGCGCCGAAAACAAAUUCCGCGUCUUCCCCUAUGAAGUUCUGUACGGCCCCGACGAUCUCAACGUGACGCUACGCGAACAACACUGUACCUUUCAGUUCGACUGGGCCAAGGUAUAUUGGAACACACGUCUCCAAGGCGAGCACGAGCGCGUAUGCUCUCAGUUCAAGGAAGGAGAGGCCAUCUGCGAUGUCAUGGCCGGCGUGGGUCCCUUCGCUGUCCCCGCUGGAAAGCAAAAAUGCUUCGUCUACGCAAACGACCUGAACCCCGACAGCUACAAAGCCCUCGCACACAACGUACCUCUGAACAAGAUUACCGAUUUCGUCAAAACCUUUUGCACCGACGGCCACGACUUCAUCCGCACCUCAGCAGCCGACUUGCUCAAGGACAAUCACAGCAUCACCCUUUACGAGAAGAAAAAGAAGUACUCCCGCUCCAACCCCGAGCAAAACACGCCACCGAAGCCCAUCAAAACACUCGUCCAACCAAAGACUUUCGCGCACUACGUCAUGAACCUCCCCGCUUCCGCCGUCGAAUUCCUCGCCGACUUUGUCGGCUUGUACUCUCGCAUUCCAGGUCUUCCAGUUGACGAAGCCCGCAAAUUAUUCACUCCACAUACUGAAACGAAGCUACCCAUGGUUCACGUAUAUUGCUUCGCUACUAAGAAUGACGAAUUUGGCGCUCAGAAAGAAGUUUGCGAGACCAUCAGCAAGUACCUUGGUCACACCAUGACGCCCGAGACGGAGGAACUGCACAUUCAAGACGUUCGGGAAGUCAGCCACACGAGAAGCAUGUUCUGUGUGAGUUUUAGACUGCCCAAGGAAGUCGCUUUUCGGGAAUGAGUUGCUGACUCAAGAGCAUUUUCUUCCCUUACUUUUCUUCCUCUCCACGAGCAUCCCACGGAGAUCACGUCUCCAAUAAAAUGUCCUUCUUCAUAUUGUCAUAUAGUUGUUAAACAUACAAAAAGCGAAUAGAACUCGAUACCCCCCCUCUCUCUCUCUCUUCUUUCAUUCUUUUAGAGACAAGAUACUUCUCUCCUUGCAUCCGGUAGCCGGCUCUCGAGACUUUAUGGUACUACUACCAAGCACUUCCCGCCCCCAACUAAAGAUCAUACAUCUGUCCCGUUCCGGC